AUGUGUAGUCCUCUACCUGGAAAUUUUUAUUAUAACUAUGGCAAAGUAAGCAGACUAAAUAACGGUUAUGAGUUUGGAGAUCCAAUUAAUUUGAGAGGUAUUUUAUAUGCUCCUAAUAUUACUACUGCAAUCAUCAAAAAUGUGAAAUUCGAAUUUAAUAUGAUCUACUUGGAUCCCUUAAAAUCUUUAAAUACAGCUUCCUUAAUACACUUGGCUGAUUAG